AUGCUCGAGAUGCUCUUGCAAGGGCAAGCAUCUAUGAGUAACAUAAUGCAAGGAAUGGUCACCGAACAAAGUGAUUUAAAGAAGCAAAUCCAAGGAAUAGAGUCUCACGUAAGGCUUCUCGAUAACCAUGUAGCUCAACUCGCAUCUAAACCUAGCAGGACGCAAGACACUUUUUACCAGCCUGAACCUAACCCUCGUGAGCAAUGUAAUGUUGAUUAUGUGGAUGAGAGCGAAACUUACGGAACCAGGAGAAUCAUUACUGAACAAAGAAGAGCUUAUCUAGAGAGGCAAAGAAAUCCGAUCGUAGAGGAACCGGAGGACGUAUACCUUCCUCCUCCUCCACGACCACCUCCUAUACCGUUCUCGCAACGAUUACAGCGUACUCCGCAAGUAGACGGCGAACUCACGAAGUUUGCAGAUAUGUGGGAGAAGAUGGAAAUCGCCCAACCCUUACAAGAGGCUAUAGCACAAACACCAUCUUACGAGAAAUUUCUCAAAGAUACACUCGUUAAGAAGGAGAAAUUGGAAGAAGAACCAAUAAUCGUGAUAGCUGAGUGCAAUGAUGUACUGCAACAGAACUUACCAGCCAAGAUGGCAAAUCCGGGAAGUUUCUCCAUACCCUGCCAACUGGGCAAUGUCUCUAUUCCUAGCGCACUAUGCGACACGGGAGCGAGUGUGAGACUACUUCCAAAGACCACAUAUGACAAGCUGAACGUGGAUGAACUGAAACCUACCAAGAUGAUUUUUCAGCUGGCAGACAAGUCAGUGAAAGCCCCUCUUGGGACUUUAGAGGAUGUACCGCUUAAGGCUGGAAACGUUUACGUUCUAAUCGAUUUUGUGGUUAUUGAUAUGAACAACAGAAAUGAUGAAUCAGUCAUCUUAGGACGUCCAUUCCUCAACACUGUUGAUGCCGUAAUUCAUUCUAGAAAGGAUCCAUAG